GGCAUGCUGUUGACGUCAUAGUCGUCAUACCUGACGAAUAAGCGCACUGAACGCUGAUUGGCUUGUGUAUGCCACGUUAACGCCCUCUUCUUGCAUGUGACCGCCUCAUUGAUACUAGUGUCAGCGCGGCUCUAACCACGGGCGGUGUGAAGGGGACCGCUGUUUGUACCGUUUUUUAAACUUAGACUUGAAUCUGUUUGCAAAUGAAAGUCAAACAAUCAGGUACAUUUACAACAACGUCUAUUAAGUUGCUUAAAUAUAUGGCUAAUGUUGACGUUUUGUGCUGCCCUCGGUAAAGCAUUAUGGACUAGCCCAUUAUUUGCCAACCCCUCCGCAGCCAGAGUUCCGUGACUCACCAGAAAAAAUGAUGUAACUUUUACCGGCUUUCUAUUAGGCUACCUUCAAAGGCACGAAGACAAAAGGAAGUUAAUGCUGUAACACCGCGUGAAGGGAACAUUCUCAAGCUUUUUGUAGAAUAAAUGGCUCAGUUUCUAUAGUACAGGUGAAAAGACAGCGGCACCCCGCCGGUAACUUUCAGUUGUUUCGCCAGACUCAGUACAGUAAAGAAUGAACCCAGCUCGCCGCUGUUCGGCUUUAUUGAGCCAGCUGUGUGUUUCGUCGCGUAGGGGGGCGACGACCAGGAGACCGUUUUCACCGGGACCAGUCUCAGCCGCGGCGGGAACAAGGUACUGUCACUCCGGGGUCGGUGUCGGAGGAGGAGGGGGGGUCAAAGUGACCAGUUCCCAGCUGAAGCCGACUGGAGCCUCCACCGCUUCGGCAGCACAAGUGUGUCCAAUGGGUGGCAGCAGCAGCAGGCUGUUUGGCACGUUGGCCCAGUCACUGAACAGCGCUCCUUUGGCCCAGCCUGACCCGUACCCAGAGGACAACCCAGACCAGGACCUGGCUGAGAUUGACCCAGACCAGCUGCUCCGAGAGUGCGAGGAGGCCCUGCAGAGGCGUCCAGCGCGGCCACAUCGGGAUCUGGUCUAUCCCAGCGGUGUGGUUCCCUGCCGCCACAAGCAUAAUCCAUCCAUACGGAUCAUGCAGUGGAAUAUACUCGCACAAGCUCUUGGUGAGGGAAAGGACGGGUUCAUCCGCUGUCCACUGGACGCUCUCAACUGGGAGGAAAGGAAGUACCUGAUCCUGGAGGAGAUCCUCACCUACAGCCCAGACAUCCUGUGCCUACAGGAAGUGGACCACUACUUUGACACUUUCCAGCCCAUCAUGGCCAGCCUCGGUUACCAUGGCACCUUCCUGGCCAAACCUUGGUCUCCCUGUCUAGAUGUUGAGCAGAAUAAUGGUCCUGAUGGCUGCGCUCUGUUUUACCGCCGCUCACGCUUCUCUCUCCAGUCCACUGCUCACCUGCGGUUGUCAGCUAUGAUGCUGCCCACCAACCAGGUAGCCAUUGUCCAGACACUGAACUGCCAGGUAACGGGCCAGAAGCUGUGCGUGGCCGUGACCCAUCUGAAAGCUCGUAGCGGCUGGGAGAGGCUGCGUAGUGCACAGGGUGCUGACUUGCUGCAAAGUUUACGCAGCAUAACGUCUGCUAACGUCAGCAGCAGACAGAACGAGGUGGUGUCAGGCACCAUCCCUUUGGUAGUGUGUGGGGACUUUAACGCAGAACCCUCAGAAGAUGUUUACCGGCGCUUCAGCUCCUCCACUCUUGGCCUGAACUCCGCAUACAAGCUGCUUAGCCGUGAUGGGCAGACAGAGCCAGCCUAUACCACGUGGAAGAUCCGCCCCUCCGGAGAGAGCUGCAGCACUCUGGACUAUAUCUGGUAUACCCAUGAUGCUUUGAGUGUUGAGUGCCUGUUGGACAUUCCCACAGAGGAGCAGAUCGGCCCAGACCGCCUCCCCUCCUACCACUACCCCUCUGACCAUCUAUCACUGCUCUGUGACAUCAGCUUCAGGGAGGAGCCCCAUAGAUUGAUGUAGGCUGCCAAUGACAGCAGCAGGCCUGGACCAAUAGGAGGACUGAGUGAGUGGACUGUUUGAAACAAGCUCAGUGUUUACUGUAAGUAAGGAAAGUGAACUUGAUAUCUAUCAGACUGAGUUGUGGCAGGGGAAAUCUGACUGGAGUGUGAAGAAUUUGCAAUAAUGAGACACAAACCACUUUCUGUAAUGUUAUUAUUUUAAAGAUAGUUUUGGUGUGUAAUAUUAGAAGUGAAAUGAGACAUUGUAACAUCAUUUCUGAUGGAGAGGAUACUUCUAGUAAUAGCAAUACAUUUGGAUUUGAUCCAUUGACUUGUGUCAAGGUGGGUCAAUCCCCAUGUUACUGUUUUUUUUUUUUUAGCCGUUUAACUAAAUGCUGUGUUUCUUUAACUGAACUUCAGCUGAAAUGGCAGGUUCAUCUGCUGAAGUUUGCACACUGAAAACCAACUGUAGUACGACUUUUAUCAUUUAUUUAAUUAUUUUAUUCCUUUAACAGUUGAUUAUACCAUAAUCAACAGUUUUUCCUAGAGUGUUUUUAAAUUAAUUAUUUUGCAUUGAAGUAAUCCUCCCUGGUCCCUCACACAGACUGUAUAUAAAGAUAGACGACAAGUCUCCUCCUCCCCACAAAAAUGAAGCCAAAAUAUCUUGGAUACAGGUGCUGCCAUCUUGUGCUGGUGAUGUCAUUUGGAGGCAAGCGAGUGGGGGUGGAGCUGCUAUAUCGAGGCCCCGGCCAACAUAAACGCGAGUCAAUCACAGCUGUCAAUCAUAAUGUUACACCCCCUUUUUAUAACAUCAAAUAACUUAUUAAAACCAAACUGAUGAGAAAAACAAACACUUGAAUAAACACUUAUCACUGUGAUAAGACCAUCAUUGGGGAAAAAUGGAUUUGACGUGUACUUUGAUCUUUCAGUUCAACCCAUGUCUGCUAACAUGGAGGGGGCGGGGUUUAUGACCAAUACUGCAGCCAACCACCAGGAGGAAGCAAUCCAGAUGUUUUGGCUUCACUUUUGGGGAGCUGUCAUGUCGUCCAUCUUUAUAUACAGAUGGUGGUCUCUCAGUUUGACAUUGCUUAUCAUGACAGUGUUGUUGCUGUGACUACUGUGAACAUGAGGAGAAAUGUUAGUAUAUGAAAUAAAGUAAUUAUUUUUUCUCUUA